CGCGGCUCCCUGCGCCACCGCCUCGACUCGGUCUCCUGCCCUGCGGCAGGGUGCGGCAGCGAUGAGCCUCGCGGAGCGGCCUGAGGAGAAGGUGUUGGCGACCGCGGGCACCCCCGUGCGCUCGUUGGAUCCUAGUGAUGCAUCUCCAGAUGAAGGGGUAGUAGAAGAUCUGCCUUUGAUAGACGAGAAAGCUGUGGAGCAGCUGACUGAAGGACUGCUUUCUCAUUAUCUGCCUGAUCUUCAGCGAUCAAAAUCAGCACUACAGGAACUUACACAGAACCAAGUGGUAUUGUUAGAAACAUUAGAACAGGAGAUUUCAAAGUUCAAAGAGUGUAACUCCAUUCUUGAAAUCGAUGCUUUGUUUUCAGAAGCUAAACACUAUCACAGCAAGUUGGUGAAUAUUAGAAAUGAAAUGAUGAUGCUCCAUGAGAAGACAACAAAGCUAAAAAAAAGAGCACUGAAGCUGCAACAAAAGAGGCAGAAGGAAGAACUAGAACGAGAACAGCAACGUGAGAAGGAACUUGAAAGAGAGAAGCAGUUAACAGCAAAACCUGCUAGGAGGAUUUGAAAGCAGAGCAUGCAACAAUCUCUCUGAAUUAAUAGCUUCUGGAUUUUCUGGAAUUACGGCAGAUGCCUCUCAAAUGAGGCUAUAGCUGUUACUAGCAACAAUAUACUUUCUAGUAUUAUAAAGUCCAGAAUGGUAAUAAUAGGGUGGGUAACAUGCAGAUUUUUUCAUUUCAGCCAUUCAAGUUGCCUUCUUUUGUAAUAUUAUGCAGUUUGAUAUAUAAUGUAAGUUAAAUUUUGUAUAUCUAUGUGUAUAUAGGGGAAUUUGGGCUUCACAGUUCUAAAUACCUAUAAUUUUUUUUUCAUCUGUUGUUCUUGUGUUUAGAAUUCUGAGAUACUCUUGAUGACUGGCACAUACACACAACACAAUACCAGUUAAAGUUCAGUUCUCAUCACCAGACUUCAGUGGCUGCCCAUUUCACAGUUGAGAUCUCUUUGGGUUCAUAAGUACUGACUCUUUGUGCAGUCUCAGUUUGGUCUAUGUCUACUGAACUGAAGAAAGUUCCAGUGUAUUUCCCUUAAAGCUCACUUUACUGCAGCAGUCUUUCUCUUUUUUUUGCUUUAUGUAACUUCUGAUUAAAUUCUCAGCUGAAUUGGUGCGGGAGGGAAGCAGGACACUAAAGGUCUCAAAACUGAUUUGUGCACAAUGCAAAGAGGAAAGAAUUUGUGCUUCCACAAACAUUGGAGUCAAACCAAGAACCUCUUACUUAUGUAAUGGUCCAACAGGAUGACUGUGUGGUCCAUGCAGAUUUCUGGAAGAUUAGAAGGUGUAUUUUCCUCAUUCUGUGUGACGAAAUAAAACACAACCAAAAUGCAACAAUUUCCACUUCACAUGAGUUGCAGUUACCCAUAGGGAAAACUACUGCGUUUGUUUUUUUUUCCUUAACCCAUGUUUCACUUGCACUUCAGGGCUGUGUAAGAGAAUUUCUGUUACACUGUCCUUGCCCAAGUUGGCGAUUAGUAGUGUGUACUGAUGAUACAUGUGGAAUAGAGGCUGAUAACCUUUUCUCUGAAUGUAAUUGCUCUCUUGCAGCACUUGGUGUGAGCUCCCAUUCAAAUGAAAAUACAUGUUGUCUAGACUGGUGAAAGAGCUUAAACUAUUGGUUCCUACAAUCUAAGAAACUGCUUAUUUUAUAUCUGUGGUUAUUUUUUAGUACUGUACAAUUGGUGUGUUUUGAAGUAAGGUGAAGGGUAAUCCAUGUAAACUUUUACAUAAGAUCUCUAUGGUGAGGUAUCAGAGGGCGUCAGUCAAUUUUUUUACACAGUGUGCACCUACUUGCACUCUUCUGUAUUGCAAUUUUCUGAGCUUAUUUCCUGUUCUUGUCAUGUUUUUCUGUGAAAGACACUUUAAUGAGUAAUCACCCAACAUGAAAGGUAAACUGGGAUAAUGUUUUGGAGCAAGGAGAACAAAGUACUUGAAGUAGUCUGAAGAGACACUGAAAUGCUGUUACAGGAGCAGUAAUAGAUUAAAAUUUUUCACAGGUACUUUUCCUGUGAGUUGACUGGUGUCUGUUCAUUGCCAGUGGAUUGUUGGUGUGUGCUGCGGUUUGUGUUUCUAAGAGAAAUGUACAGAAUUCCCACAGUCCCUUUUUGGAGUGGAAUGUACAUAACUAAAUGUUAUUUCAAUAUUUUAUUUUGUAAUUUAAUUUCAAAACUAGAUUCUGGGAAUUUAAACAGUUCCUCCUAAUGUAUAACGUGAAACUAGAUGCCUCAGUAUCCAAAUUGGGAUUAAAUUUCUGGGGUAUUUGUUUUGGGUUCCCUCAUCUAGAACCCAGUGUAGUGUUUCAAGUGGUGGUCUCUUUUUGUGAAGAACUGGGGGGGGGGUUGUUUUGUUUCAAAAAUUGUGGCUACAUUUACUGAAAACAGAGAAUUUUAAGCACAGGAAUUGAUGGCUUUGCAAUUUUAUAUUUCAGCCUUUUGAAAUAAUUUCUGAUCAAAGGAAUACAAGCUGGCAGUGCUUGCCUGAGGAAUCACAUACGUAAAAAUGUAGUAAUUUUUCACAUUGUGGUAAAAUCUGUUUUCUGUAUGAAUAAGUAAUUUUACUAAAUAACCUUUUCGUAAUAAAGGGGGAAAUUAAUAUAUAUGGGGGGGCAGUGUUUGGUCAGUUCACAUAACUUUUUUGUUUUAUUAAUCAUUUCAGUCAAAUCUGCAAUUUAUUAUCUUCAUAUGAUAUUGUUCUUCAGAACAUCGUGUCAUGAUGCAUAAAAUGCAGCAUUGGAUUAAUUUAACAAUAAUCCUCUAAAAUGAUAUGCCAGCAUUAAUAUGCACAGCUAAAGUAAGUAUACAUUUAGUCUUCCUGUUACUGUGUAUACAUUUAGUCUUGCUUGAUUUUACAAUAAAACUACUUAUCCUAGUAGAUCAGUGUAGUAGUCUUAGACAU